CCAGGUGCAACGGCACACCUUACCUGACCAUACGCGCACAUUAACACGGUGCGGCACUCUGGAAAAAUGCGGAAGAGAAACAAUGAGCAGUUAGUGUUAAUAUUAAAUGAUCAUUUAUGAUUGGUUGAUUUUAAUGAAUAACGUUUAUGAGACCGGACAGAGCUGCAAUAGGGAACACAUUUCCCUGUUGGAUGUAGUUUUCUCUGAUUGAACUGCAUAUUAACACGAACAACUUCCCAACAUGUUCUUCAAGACUCGCGAGGAAAACAUUGAGCUGUGGGACAGGCAUAUGGAUGUUUACAACACUGAACCAUUACUUCCUUCAAUGCCCACCCAGAGGACAUUUGACUAUGUACUGGUCGCCCACAAGGUGAAUGAUGACACAGACCAGAAGGCUCAGAGACAGAAAGCCUUCAUUCAGCAGCUACAAAAGAAAAAUAUCACGAUCACUAGGAUCAUCCAUGAUGACAAAGUGUUUUUUGGCCUCCGUGCUCCAUGUGAGAUGUUUGAAGACUACCAGUACCUGCUUAAAGUCUCCGACUCCUGCAACUGGUGUGGAGAUGAGAGGGGCGACGUCACCCAGGCUACCAGGAUCCGAAUUGUCAAUUUCAUCCUUCAUCAGACCUUCAUAAACACAGGAGAGAACCUGAAAGAGCUGCUGAUGAAGGAUGUGUUUGAAACCAUGUUCUGCCUCCAUGAGAGAAAGAAGCAGAAACGGCUAAAGGAGAAGUGGGCUCGAUGGUCGUGUCUGUUUACAGGACAACCAGUCAACGAUGUCAAGUGUUACUUUGGAGAAAAGGUGGCUCUUUACUACUUGUGGUUGGGCUGGUACACCAAGUUGCUGGUUCCAGCUGCUGCUCUGGGUGUUGUUGUGUUCCUGUAUGGACUUGCUUUUUUCAACACCAACCCCCUCAUUAAGGAAGUGUGUCAGUCCAGUAUCAUCAUGUGUCCUCGAUGUGACAAGAGGUGUACAGUGUGGCAGCUGUCAGACACAUGCACCUACGCUAAGGUCAGCCAUCUGUUUGACAAUGAGGGCACUGUGGCUUUUGCUAUGUUCAUGGCAAUCUGGGCCACUCUCUUCCUGGAGCUGUGGAAGAGACACAGAGCCAGACAUGUUUCUCAGUGGAAGGUCUAUGACUGGUGUGAGGAAGAGGAAGAACUGAUUCUGGACAUAGUCAAUGAUCCAAACUGUACACCGAAACAGUUCAGACACUCCUACCUGCGCAGCACUCUGGUCCUCAUUCUGGUAACACUUAUGUUGAUGCUGAUCAUCGGUCUUGCUCAUGCCCUGGUGGUGUUUCGGGUGGUGGCUGCCCCUUUGAUGUCUGAGGGCAGCUGGGAGUUUUUCAAGGAUCAUGCCAACACUGUGGCUGUGAUGCUGGGAGCUGUGCUACACUACCUCACCAUUCAGAUCAUGACCCGGGUAAACAGAUGGGUCUCCCUCAAGCUGUGUGACAUAGAGAAGACAAACUCAUUCGCUGCCACAGAGAGGAGCUUCACAGUCAAGAUGUUCACCUUCCAGUUCUUCACACUCUUCUCUUCACUCUUCUAUGUGGCCUUCUUCCUGGGCAGGAUAAAUGGCCAUCCAGGAAACUAUGUGCGUAUUGCUGGAUGGAGACUAGAGGAGUGCCAUCCUAGUGGUUGUUUGACAGACCUCUUCAUCCAGAUGGCAGUUAUCAUGCUCCUCAAACAGACUCUUAACAACAUCUUUGAGUUCACUGUGCCCUGGCUGAAGAGCUGUCUGAGCAGAAACACUGCAAAGAAGCUGCAGAGGAAGUGUGGUCACUGUUACAGGAAGGCCUGUCGUGAUGAACAAGGACGCGUUGAACCUUGUGACAUCUGCAAACUUCGGGACUGGCUGCGUAACUACCACCUGGCCAACACUGACGCCUUCAGUCUGUUCAAUGAGUUCCUGGAAAUGGUGGUCCAGUUCAGUUUCACCACCAUAUUUGUAGCAGCGUUCCCUCUCGCCCCACUGCUGGCUCUCAUCAACAACGUCUUUGAGAUCCGCCUGGACGCCAUCAAGAUGGUCCGCCUGGAACGGCGGCUGGUUCCUAGGAAGACCAACGACAUUGGUGUGUGGACAAAGGUGUUGGAGGCCAUUGGUGUGUUGGCAGUGAUUGCUAAUGGUCUGGUCAUUGGAGUGUCAUCAGACUUCAUUCCACGCCUCGUCUAUCGUUACCGUUUUGGCCCCUGUGCUAAUGGAAGCACUCGCACACACUGCAUGCAGGGCUACAUAAAUGACACUCUGUCCACUGCCUUUGUGACACACCCAGCAGUUAAAAAAGAUUUUCUUCCAGUUCAGUUGAUCGUAAACAACACUUUUAAUGUGACACAGUGCAGCUACAGAGAUUAUAGGAGUGACGAGGACUACACUCUGACUUCUCAGUUCUGGUUGGUCUUGGCUGUGCGCUUUGCCUUCGUCAUCCUAUUUGAGCAUGUUGUGGUGGUGUGUAAGUUUAUAGCAGCCUGGUUCGUCCCCAACAAUCCCAUCCAAGUGAAGAAUGAUCGGCUGUACGACAAACUGGCUCGGCUGAAGGAGGAACUACUCGAAAUGAAACGUAGCAAAUCAACAGAUGUCUGGUCUCCCACAGCUGACCUCAGAUCUGCUUCCACUGAUGAGUCCUGACUGGUUGAAAUGUCAAAGGGAGCGAUGGUGGAACACAAGGGUGGAUUGUAGUAGACUUUAAUGUUGUGUGGUGUUUAUGUGUAAGGUUAUUAUUGGACUUUUUACCGUCAUGUCAUUGUAACUAUAAUAUUGUAUGGUUGAUCCUAUGUAUUUCUUCAGAGAAAGCAAAUGAGCUCAACUGAGCUACGUAUUCGUAUUUUGUGGAGCCACUGGAGGUCCUUAUCAAUCAAGUUUGCACCAGUAAGCUCUGAUAAACUUCCACACGUUUGUGUCCUGAACAGGCACUGUAGCACUGUGACAAUACUGGAAAUACGUCACACAAGUAGACACUUGACAUUUACCAAAACCACAAGUGUGGAUAUUGGACCAAUAUUACUGCAUUGUAACCUGGACAAUACAUACAAGAGUUAGUGAGGGGCAUCCUUGUGGUCAGUAAACUGUUCAGUGGACCAAAAGUUCAGACAUCAGUUUGUUUUCAUUUUUUGUUUUCAGAAGAUUAGUUUUAGGGGGAGUUCUAUCCUGAAACUGUUUCUUAAAUCUGCAUCUGUUCAUUUGUUUAGCCACUUAUUUGCAGCAGAAACAAACUAUGAAGACAAGUUUAUGUAUUGAACAUGCCGGCUAACAGUUCAGCAGUUAUGGAGCAACAUGAUAAUUUAUUUGGAGUGGUGUUUGUGUGUAGUCUAAGUCCAAUAUUCACUCUCUUUUAGCUCUGUGUUUGGUCUCUACUAACUCCUGUGUCAUAUACCUGGUUCUUUAUCUGCUAAAUGUUCCAUUGUGUUCACCAGGUAUUCUCUAACUGUGUCUGUUUGCUACUCAGCAGGUAGUGUACAGUGGGUGUGGUGGCAAUUUGUUUAAUAAAGCAUACGAAGUAUGA